AUGCAGGAGAAGGCCGCAGCUAUCAGGAAGAGCUUUCAGCGCCCGAAGUUUUGGGUCAUGGGCUUCGGCUGGUGCUUGGCAGCAUGCGCAGGGGCGGCCAACGUGAUUGCCUUCAAGUGCUGGAGCCUUUAUGCGUCGCAUGUGACUGGUAGCACAUCGGCCAUAGCCUUCCGACUCGAAGGCUACCAUCAGGGUGACUAUGGCUCAGAGACAUUGAAGGAAGCAUGCUCGCUGGUCUUCUCCUUCCUUGUUGGAGCAUACACCUGCGGAAUCCUCAUUGACAAGAACCAAGUGCACUUCCUCGGGAAAGCCUUCUACGGCCUGGCCCUGGUCCUGAACUCGGCCCUUCUGGUGUCGGCGGCCUUUGUGCCCGGUCGGCUGCUCGCGGCCUCCCUGGUGGCAGCAGCAUGCGGCUUGCAGAACGCCAUGUGCACGUCCCACUUUGGCACGAUCAUCCGCACGACGCACGUCACUGGCACCAUGACCGACAUCGGUUCGACAAUGGGCCGCAUCAGCAUGAUCUACCUCAGGAGAGCUUGCCGCUGCAGGCAGCUGACGGAUGUCGAGCGUGCAGAGAUCGGCGUGGAUGCACGCAAGCUGGGUGUGCUCAGCGGGCUCUGGUCCUUCUACCUGAUUGGCGGCCUCGUCGGGAUCUACAUGGAGAACAUUGUGGCAGGUCCCAAGGCGCUUCUGAUCCCGGCUUCUGUCACUGGCAGUAUGGGCUUGACCUACAUGGCCUGUCGGCAGCUGUUGAAAGACUACAUCAAGAAGCUGGAGAAGGAGCGAUUCUCAGCCGACCUCAAGGAGGCGCAGAGUGCCCUGGCCCACAUGGGAUCUCGCCUGCACGAUCUCGAGAGCGGCGGCCAGAGCGAUCUGGUGGUAGACCUGGACGAAGAGAUGGGCAACAUGAUCGAGGCGCUGCACGAGGUGGAGGCCGACUUUGACAACCUGUACCAGCAGUCGAGCCAUGCAGCUUGGCUUGAGCAGUGGAACUGCAGGCCGCUUCCACGCGUAAAAAUCGACUGUGCCCCUGGCCCGGCUCUUUCUGGGCUCAUCAAAGAUCUAGCCUCGACCAGCCAGACUGGCAUCGUUGUAGAGUCUCUGCAAGAGAUUGCAAAGGCGAUCUUCUUGCCAAACAUGACGCAGACUCUCCCUCAAGCCACGGUGGAGAAGGUGCCGCUCUCUCCGUCUCGCCUUUCCAGGAAGGCUGCAGCUAUCAGGAAGAGCUUUCAGCGCCCGAAGUUUUGGGUCAUGGGCUUCGGCUGGUGCUUGGCAGCAUGCGCAGGGGCGGCCAACGUGAUUGCCUUCAAGUGCUGGAGCCUUUAUGCGUCGCAUGUGACUGGUAGCACAUCGGCCAUAGCCUUCCGACUCGAAGGCUACCAUCAGGGUGACUAUGGCUCAGAGACAUUGAAGGAAGCAUGCUCGCUGGUCUUCUCCUUCCUUGUUGGAGCAUACACCUGCGGAAUCCUCAUUGACAAGAACCAAGUGCACUUCCUCGGGAAAGCCUUCUACGGCCUGGCCCUGGUCCUGAACUCGGCCCUUCUGGUGUCGGCGGCCUUUGUGCCCGGUCGGCUGCUCGCGGCCUCCCUGGUGGCAGCAGCAUGCGGCUUGCAGAACGCCAUGUGCACGUCCCACUUUGGCACGAUCAUCCGCACGACGCACGUCACUGGCACCAUGACCGACAUCGGUUCGACAAUGGGCCGCAUCAGCAUGAUCUACCUCAGGAGAGCUUGCCGCUGCAGGCAGCUGACGGAUGUCGAGCGUGCAGAGAUCGGCGUGGAUGCACGCAAGCUGGGUGUGCUCAGCGGGCUCUGGUCCUUCUACCUGAUUGGCGGCCUCGUCGGGAUCUACAUGGAGAACAUUGUGGCAGGUCCCAAGGCGCUUCUGAUCCCGGCUUCUGUCACUGGCAGUAUGGGCUUGACCUACAUGGCCUGUCGGCAGCUGUUGAAAGACUACAUCAAGAAGCUGGAGAAGGAGCGAUUCUCAGCCGACCUCAAGGAGGCGCAGAGUGCCCUGGCCCACAUGGGAUCUCGCCUGCACGAUCUCGAGAGCGGCGGCCAGAGCGAUCUGGUGGUAGACCUGGACGAAGAGAUGGGCAACAUGAUCGAGGCGCUGCACGAGGUGGAGGCCGACUUUGACAACCUGUACCAGCAGUCGAGCCAUGCCAGCAAGCCCGCCCCGCCGAACCGGCAGUGA